CACGCAUGCGCAUUAAUAUUGGACUCCGUGUACGCAUGCGCAGUGCGGUCCAUAACGCACUGACUCACGGCUAGUUACGCAGCUACGAAAACAUUACGAGGCCGCGCAGAGAAGGAACGAACCAGACGAGUGACAGCGCACAAAACCGACCCAGGAGUUGACUCUGUAUCUAAACAGUGUGAAGAUGAAUGUGUUCGACCGCAACAUCAACUUCGAUGCCCUUUGGAAGUUUUCCCAGAUUUCCCGCUCCACCCAGCAGCACCUGAAGAAUGUGUACGCCAGUUUGUCCUUGUGCAUGCUUGUGGCAGCAGCCGGAGCGUACGUCCACGUCGUCACACGCCUCUUUCAGGGUGGGCUACUGUCUGUGUUGGGUUCACUGGCGAUGAUGAUGUGGCUCUCUAUGACUCCUCACAGCCCCGAGACAGAGAAGAAGAGACUUGCUAUUCUGUCUGCGUUCGCCUUCCUCACAGGUGUGGGACUCGGACCUGCCAUGGAUUAUGUCAUUAGCAUCAACCCGAGCAUCAUCAUUACAGCGUUUCUAGGCACCUCGGUCAUUUUCGUCUGCUUCACUCUGAGUGCUCUUUACGCUCAGCGCAGGAGUUACCUGUUCCUGGGAGGUACUCUGAUGUCUGGCCUGUCCAUCCUGCUCCUGGUUUCUGUCCUUAACAUGUUCAUCGGCUCCAUGGCGCUCUUUAAGGCUCACAUGUACAUCGCUCUGGUCAUCAUGUGUGGAUUUGUGCUGUUCGACACUCAGCUGAUCAUCGAGAAAGCAGAGAUGGGAGAUAAAGACUACAUCUGGCAUUGUGUGGAUCUGUUCCUGGACUUUGUGACCAUCUUCAGAAAGCUCAUGGUCCUGCUGGCUAUGAAUGAGAAGGAUAAAAAGAAAGAGAAGAAAUAAACAGUCAUUGGCCAAAAAAUGAAAGAAUCUGUGAUCUGCAACUUUUGCCUCACAAAUUUACCUAACAGCUUAAUUACGAAUUGAAUUAUUCAGAUUUUCUACUCCAGUGUCUUAAUUUUAUUUUAGUUUUUGAAAGUGAUGAUGUUUAGUUUGUGCAGUAACCCUGAUAAAGUUAACAUGCUGGUCCCUAUUACCAUGAUUUGUUUAUUAUUAUUAUUAUUAUUAUUAUUAUUAUUAUUAUUAUUAUUAUUAUUAGAUUUGGUCUAAAAAUAAAUGAGUUCUUUUUAAAACAUUUUCUUUAAACACUUAAAUGUGAUACUGGACAUAAAGCUGAAUAAACAUGAAGCAGAUGAAUUGUUUUUAUAAAUAGUUUUAAUUAGACUUUAGCUCAUAAUCAUUGCUAGAAUUACACACUUAUCCCUUCUACAGCGUUUCUGCCAAUUUAUUCACAUUUGUCACUUUUAUUAAGUUAGAAACAGAAAUAUUACUUGUAUCUCUUCCCUGCCAAUCUGAAGGUGCAGUUUCUCCUUUUUUGCAUUUAAUUGUAUUAUUUGUAUCUGCUGUACAUGCAAGUAGUGUAAUAUUAAUUACUUAUUUGAAUAUUUUGAUCGGGUCAUUAUUGAUCACAUCGAGUGAAGACGUAGCUACUGAUCAGGGUUUAUAUUAGUGAUUCAUUCAGGAAUAGUUAAAAUAGUAAAGAAACAGUUUGCUUUAGUUUCUCUAAUGAUCCCUUGUUACUGCCAAUACUGCCAUAUUUUCACAAAAAGAAUAAACUGUGACUGAAUGUA